CGAACUGAAUAAAUUUGCAGUUCGCCAUCUUUUUUCACUCUUUUCUCUUAAAUUUUGGAUUCGAUUCCUGUUCUCCUAUCCUUUCCUCGAUGCCGCACACAUCGCCGAAGAAGCACGCCGGCGAGCAGCAGCCCGACGGAAACGCCGGCCAAAAGUCUCAGCGCUCCAAGGCCGCUAGGGUUUCCGAUGACGCCGCCGACAAGAAGACUAGAAGACUCAAGGAUGUGGAGAUCAGCUUUCCAAUUGUAUAUGGAACUAUAUCAUUCUGGCUUGGCAAAAAAGCGAGCGAGUUCAAUUCCCACAAAUGGACUGUUUAUGUUCGCAGUGCGACAAAUGAGGAUUUGAGUGUGAUAAUUAAGCGUGCUGUCUUUCAACUGCAUCCUAGUUUCAACAAUCCAACGAGGGUUGUAGAGUCAGCACCUUUUGAAUUGUCAGAAUCCGGAUGGGGAGAAUUUGAAAUAGCUAUUACCCUCUUUUUCCACAAUGAUGUUUGUGACAAGCAGCUGGACCUAUAUCACCAGCUAAAGUUGUAUCCUGAAGAUGAUAAUGGACCCCAGUCAACAAAAAAGCCUGUUGUUGUGGAAACAUAUGAUGAGAUAGUUUUUUCUGAGCCUACUGAAGCAUUCUUUCUCCGUGUCCAAAAUCAUCCAGCUGCAAUUGUUCCAAGGCUACCUGCCGGUCUAAACUUGCUACCCCCAGGUCCUAUUGAACAUGUGAAUGAAAAGAAAAGAGGUGACACCAAGGAUCAUCCACUAAGUCAGUGGUUCAUGAAUUUCUCUGAGGCAGAUGAGCUAUUGAAACUUGCGGCUGCUCGUCAGCAGGUGCAGGCCCACAUAGUUAAGCUCAGGAGACAGUUGAGCAUGAUUGAUGGCCUGCCUCAGCAGUCGAAAGCUGCUUCUGGUCAAUAGGAGCAAUCGGUUUUAUGAUAAAGGGAGAACGAGUGGGUGAAGGUUGUUGUUUGGUUGUUGGUUUUGGGGGGGUGGGGUGCAGGAUGGACCACAAGCAUGUCUGUCUUGUUUUACAAUAUAUGAGCUAAACACUUUUUUCUUUGUUUUCUUCUUUUAUGAAUGUAAUGAUAGGAGCACCUUUGUUGCACAAGUGGUUGCUUUCUACAAAUAAACUUGUCAUUUGGUACUUCUUAUAUGUGGAAAGCAAAUAGUCGUCUAAUCACCAUUAUCUGCCUGGUAUAAAUCUGCUUGCAACAUUUUGUCCUUCUGAGAAAAGAGUGUACUUGGAACGAGAUAAACUAAAGGAAAAUAUAUUCCAACAGUAAUAUAGUUGGCAGAUUAGAGAUUUUUCA